CUGGACUUGAGUAGCUGCAGCCAGCGCUGCAAAAUAAUAGCUUCAGCAAGAGACUGGAGCGUCGCACAACGCGUCUUUUUAUGUCAUUUGCAUGAAACAGGAUGUAAUUUUCCAAAACCUCAAUACUUUAGGAGCAUGGAGGCCAAAACUUACGAAUUGGUCUCCGAGCUCUGAGCAACUGCAACUUCCAACCCUCUUGGAGUUUCUCCAUCUUUGUCUCACUUUGCCCUUUGUGGGUGGAGGAGAUGAUGAGUUCUCACAUCCCAACUCUUCUACUGCCAGUCUUUGUGUUUCUGAUCCCUGCCACCUGGGCGGGGGACUGUAAGGGCCACAGACAGGUUCUGAGGGGUGUCCCAGGAUAUGUAACAGAUGGUCCAGGAAACUACUCGGUGAAUGGAAACUGCGAGUGGCUAAUCAAGGCUCCCAGUAGAAACCAUCGCAUUGUGCUCAACUUCACAUUUAUGCAGACAGAGUGUACCUAUGACUAUCUGUUUGUCUACGAUGGAGAUUCCUACCAGAGCCCUCUACUGGCAAGUCUAAGUGGCACCACCUUACCACAACCAAUAGAGGCCAAGUCUGGUAAGAUGCUGCUCCACCUCUUCAGUGAUGCCAACUACAACCUGCAGGGCUUCAAUGCCACCUACUCAUUUUCAGUUUGUCCUGGGGACUGUGGCGGUCAUGGGCGAUGUGACAUAGCUACUGCCUGCUGUCAAUGCCAUCAGGGCUGGGGAGGAGUGGACUGCAAUACCCCACUCUGCUCUCAGGUCUGCACCCAAAAUGGCAAGGGUUAUUGUGAUAAGAGGGGUGAGCACUGCAUCUGCAGCCAUGGGUUUGUGGGGCAGAACUGUCAAUUGGCUCUUCAUGACAACAGUGGGGCGGGCCAGUGGUGGGAGGUGAGCCCAGGUGACUUUAAAGCAGCCCCUCGCACUGCCUCAGCUGGGGUCUACCUCUCUUCCACUGGAGCCAUGUACAUGUUUGGAGGGUUUGAUCUGAAUGGUGCUCUGGGGGACCUUGUUAUUUACAAUUUUUCGAGCAAUUAUUGGGAACAGAUGUCACCUUCGUAUAGUCCAGCUGCUCGACAUUCCCAUACAGCUGUAGAGUGGCAAGGCAAUAUGGUCAUCUAUGGUGGUGAGCUUUCCAACCAUUCAUUGGCUAGUGAUGUCUGGCUGUACCGUGCACAGCAAGAUGACUGGCAGCAGCUAGGCCAAUCAAAUGUUCCAGGGGCACCAAGGCUGGCAAAUCAUGCAGCUGCUAUAGUAGACAACUCUCUCUAUAUUUUUGGUGGUCGGACAGAGGAAGACAUGUUCUCCUCGUCUCUUUACCGGUUUCGGUUGUGGGAUGGAGUUUGGGAGGCAGUUCAGCCUACUGGUGGAAAACCACCUGCUACAGCAGGACACAGCAUGGUCUACCAUGCCCAUUCCAAAACUCUGCUGGUGUAUGGGGGACACAGACCUACCACCGCAAGGUUCAGUGUGCGUGUGAACUCUACUGAUGCAUUCCAUGUGGAGAAGCGAUUUUGGACUUCCUUCCGCUCCCGUUUUCCUGCCAGUGGCCCGAGGGAGAGAGCAUUCCACUCUGCCACUGUCAUCGGCAACUACAUGGUGGUGUACGGAGGGAAUGUGCAUAUACACUACAAGGAAGAGAAGUGCUAUGAUGAGGAGAUCUUUUUCUAUCAUCUGGGUUGCCAUCAGUGGGUGUCUGUUGGAGAGAACCUCAGUCAACGAGGUGCAUCUGUGAGGGGCCGAUAUUCCCAUGUUGCUGCUGUCAUGGAUGGCCGUGUGUUACUAGUUGCUGGGGGCUACAGUGGAGUUGCCCGUGGUGAUCUUGUUGCAUAUAAAGUUCCUCUGUUUGUAACCAGUGGCCCAGGAGACAGGGACACCGUUUGUGCUGAAGCUCCAGAUGAAAACCUGUGCCUCAAGAACCCAGAGUGCAGUUGGUGUGAGGGCCGUUGUCGGGAGUACCAGCCCACCAACCCUUGUGGCAGCACCGGUUGUCUGGGCCUGGCUCGUUUCUUGUCGGACUGCCAGUCGUGUCUGGUGUUCAGUGGGGUGCCAAACUCUCUGUCUCGAGUUUCGGGGGAAUUCGGCUGGUGUGUGCAGAAUGAGUCCUGCUUGCCAAUUUCAGAGCGCAGUGCAUGCCAUGUGGACCAGGUCUCUGGGGCGUAUGGCUGGUGGGGGGAGCGCACACAUUACCUCACCUCCCUCCCCUCCUGUCGCACCGAGAACUAUGUCCCGGGACUGCACCUGCUGACCUUCCAGCAUCCACGCAAUCAGUCACAGCCUGACAAGGUAUCUAUCCUGCGCAGUACCUCUAUCAUUCUCAAUCCUUCAACAGAGAUGGAUGUGACCUUGCAGUUUCGGGGAUUCAUUCAUCCAUUAUGGGUUGCCCCUUCUCCUGCAGCACCACCUCAUGAGACUGUUGCCAUGUGGGCCAGAAUUCAGAAGCUCCAUUUCACUGCUCAGAUGGCUGCUGGACCCAACUCUCUUCAACUGACAGAUGUGCUGGGACAGUGGUGCGCUCAAGAGGAGAAAGAGAUUCAUAUGCUAUCCCGGCCAUUUGGUUCACGUCUGUUCCGGAAUCUUACACGAGGAAACUGGUAUUUCAUCCAGGCAGAGGGCUACCUGAAUAACUCUGCAUCAGGACAGACUAGUGAGAUGGCUCUUACCUGGAACCGAACAGCUUUACCUGGAGGCAGCGAGAUUUCUUUCCUGUUCCUCGAACCCUUCCGCUCCAAUUCGUGUUCAGAGUACCGCUCGUGUUCAGCCUGUCUGUCUGAUCAGUCUUGCGGCUGGUGUCCUACCAUGAACCUGUGUUUUAUGCGCUCUGAUGUUAAUCAGCAGCCCUGCAUAGACCCCCAGGGUGAAGAGCAUCACCUGCUGCUCAACCCUCAGCAUUGCAUAUUGUGUGAGGAGUAUAGAGACUGUGCUGCCUGCACUCAGGAUCCCUACUGUGAAUGGCAGAUCAAUUCCAGCAAGAAGGGAGAUUAUCUGUGCAGUCGCCGUGGGAGAUUAGAGGGGUCUGUCCGGGAACCUGGAGGGUGUCCUAAAGUUUGCAAUCAGAGGAUGACAUGUGGCGACUGUUUAUCUAACUCCAGUCAGUGUGCAUGGUGUGAAUCUGCUCAGUCUUGUUUCUACUUUGCUGCCUACCUCACAAAGUUCCCCUAUGGAGAGUGCAGGGACUGGUAUGACAGUGUUCACUCAGUUCCUCAGUGUAAGCAGUGCUCUGCUCUAGCCACCUGUUCAGAGUGUUUGCAGAUGUUUCAGUGUGGCUGGUGUGGAGACUACAGUAACCCCACCAUUGGCAGGUGUUUGAGAGGUGACUGGGGUGGAAUGGAUGACCCCUCCGCUAUUAACUGCAGUAUGGCUGUAACUGAAGUGAAAGCAAGCAACCCUGAGCCUCAAACUUUGUCACCUCCGCGGCUGAUGGAGGUUGAAUUGGAGCUGGAGCUGCUGGAAGGCAUGGAGGGGGAUGGAGACGCUGAAUGGUCCUACCCAUCCUGUCCCGAUGUGGAGGAAUGUCGUCUGGGCUUGCAUACCUGCCACCCCUCCGCUACCUGUGUCAACACCCCAACCUCCUACGAGUGUCACUGUGAGCGGGGCUUUACAGGAGAUGGAGUGCACCAUUGCAACCAGACAUGUUAUAAUGAGUGCCGUCAGGGCAGGUGCAGUGGGAGUCCACGGUUCGAGUGUGAGUGUUCUUUGGGUUGGACUUCAGACCCAGCCACUCUGGUGCUGAGCGGAGUGGAGUGUGAUGUGGAUUGUGGUUGUAAUUUCCACAGCACUUGCAUUACAGCUCUAGGGAUCUGUGAUCAAUGCCAGGACUGGACGACAGGGCCGCAUUGUGAGCACUGCAAGCCAGGUAGUUUUGGCUCUGCUUUGGCUGGGGGUGAAGGCUGCAUUCCCUGUCAUUGUAACGGCCAUGGUGACCCUAUUCAAGGUUAUUGCCAUAACCAGACAGGCCAGUGCUAUUGCACCCACCACACACAAGGCCCACACUGUGAGUCUUGCGUGCCCAGCUACUAUGGAGAUCCCUGGAAUAACGGAACAUGUUUCAGUCAGUGUCGGGGUCGUUCUGUUCUGCUCUCUUCCUCUGCACCCUUGUCCCUCUCCUCCUCUCUGGGCUGGCAUGGAGCAGUUGGCGGUCAUGGUGGGCUUUCUCAUUGUCUGUGGGUGCUAUCUGUGUCUCAGGACUUGGCACCAUGCAUGCCAGGGCAACCAUGCCCACCUGUGGCCCUGACCUGGCACCCAGAUUCACACACUCAAUGUACAAACUCCUUUGUUUAUGUAUUUGAUGGUUUACCUCGAUUCCUUAGCAAUGGUGUUGUGCACUCUGACCACAAUCUUAUUGGAGCAUUUUGUGGCACAACACGGAUGCAGCCAAUUACGGUUGAGGCUACUUCAGGGGUGAUAUCUGUGUAUUUUGAGGCCAACGUUACCUCAGGACGUGCUCAGGGUUUUAAUGCCUCAUUCUGGGUGAAGCGCUGUGGAAAUGGAAUCUCUGGAGUGGGUACAGUUGUCUCACAUGAGUGUCAGGCUGGAUCUCAAUGCGUUAAUGGACUCUGUCAAUGUCCUCAUGGAUUUGGGGGUCCAAAAUGUGACCGCCCUGUUUGCCCUGGGAAUUGCGGGGCAGAGGAAGGACGAGGCUCAUGCAACAUGACCCUUGGCCUGUGUGUGUGUGGCGAAGGGUGGGGUGGAUCUGACUGUUCUUCUAUCUCCGACUCAGACAGCCUGGUUUGGGAAACCCUGCUAGACACUCAGCUCUCUUCAAAUAAGGCUCACAGGUUCCUACAGAGAAUGGGUCAUUCUCUGGUGUCCGGGCCACAGGGUACUUUGUGGAUGUAUGGAGGCCUCUCACUCUCAGAGGGCAUCCUGGGAAAUGUUUAUAGGUAUUCUGUGGCAGAGCGUCGCUGGACUCAGAUGUUGACCAGUUCAGUAGAGGAAAGUUCAAUGCCUCUGCCCCGCUAUCAUCAUGCUUCUGCCCUUGUGUAUAAUCAUGAUCCAUUUGCUGGCUCCCAGGCAGCCACUUACAGCUUAAUGUUUCUGGUUGGUGGACUCACAAAGAAAGGUGUUGCAAAUGACACAUGGUGUCUGAACCUCAGCAGCCUGAUGUGGAAGGAGUAUAAGAGCUCAGUGCUACCCCCGGUGGCUGGUCACACUUUAACAGUGCGAAAAGGCUCAUCUGUUCUGCUGAUCGGUGGUUACUCCCCAGAGAAUGGAUUUAACCAUCGCUUACUAGAGUUCAGUCCUCAGACUGGGAAUUGGACUAUAGCCCCACACACUGGCACACCCCCUACAGGUCUGUAUGGUCACUCUGCAGUGUACCAUGAUCAGACUGAUGCUGUGUAUGUUUUUGGUGGUUACCGUUUCCAUGUUGAAGCUGUAGAACCAUCUGGGGAACUUUACAGUCUUUAUUACCCCAACCUUACCUGGUCCAUACUGGUGCCCUCUAAGGGAAACAAGCCUCUCUCUCGCUUCUUCCAUGCGGCGGCCUUAGUAAAGGACACCAUGGUAAUUGUUGGAGGCAGGACAGGAGAGGAAGAUUACAGCAACACUGUUUCUCUUUAUCAGAUCAACUGUAAUACAUGGAUACAUCAAGCAUCCUCUGUGGGUGAAUCUGUCAACCGCUCAGUUUCUUUGGCAAUGACUGGGUUGGGUGGUCGCCUAUUCCUCUCUGGGGGUUUUAAUGGAGUGACGCUGGGGCGGCUGUUAACUCUGUCCCUGCCCUCUGAUCCCUGCAUCUUGCUGUCCACCUCUGAGGCCUGUAACAGCAGCACUGGCAGCUGUGUGUGGUGCAGAGGCACCUGUGCUUCAUCAGACACUGCAGAUAGGCUGGGUUGCACUAGUUGUCAGGGUACCUGCUCUCCUACUCCUCGUGCCCCUGACCAGUGUCGCAGACUCAAGACCUGCAGUGAGUGUCUGGCUCGCCACCCUAAAACAUUUUCCAGCACUACGCAGCCUGCUUUGCAGUGCAAGUGGUGCACAAACUGUCCUGAGGGAGCAUGUAUCAGCAGCUCAGUGAGCUGCACAUCAGAGCAUGACUGCAGGAUAAAUCAGAGAGAGAUCUUCCUGUCUAGUAAUUGCACUGAGACCAGCUGUGAGGCCUCUGACUGCCCCAAAUGCACAGCCUCAGGGAAGUGCAUGUGGACCCGUCAGUUCAAACGCACAGGUGAGACAAGACGUAUCCUGAGCGUGAACCCAACUUAUGACUGGACAUGUUUCAGCUAUGCGUUGCUCAACGUGUCUCCCAUGCAAGUGGAGUCCUCUCCACCGAUGCCUUGCCCUGAACCCUGCCACGAAAUCAAAAGCUGCAGCCAGUGUUUAAGCUCUCGUGGCUCUGAUGGAGGCUGGCAGCGUUGUGUAUGGAGCAUGGCACUGCAGCAGUGUAUGAGUCCCUCCUUUGUUCCAUUACGCUGUGAGGCUGGUCAAUGUGGACGUUUGCUCUCGGAUAAAGAUUCAUGCUCUCCCCAGUGCUUCCAGCUUACUCAGUGCUCCCAGUGCAUUUCCAGGCCACAGUGUGGCUGGUGUGCUGCCCGUGGUGGUAACGGAGCAGGGCGCUGUCUUCAAGGAGGACUGAAUGGUGUGAAUGAGGUUCUAUGCCCUCAGUGGAACAGUAGCUGGUCAUUCCUGUACUGCCCAGAGGAGGAUGAGUGUGCCAAUGGCCACUACCACUGUAAUGUCACUCAGGACUGCCGUGAUCUGCCUGAGGGCUACCACUGCACCUGCAGAGAAGGUUAUGUACUCAGCAGUGUGUCGGGUCAGUGUGAGCCAGUGUGUGCACAAGGUUGUGUUAAUGGGACCUGUGUAUCUCCAGGAGUGUGUCAGUGUCACUUUGGAUUUGUUGGAGAGAACUGCUCCGCUCAAUGCCGCUGUAACAAACACAGUAAUUGUAAGAGCAUCUCUCAGCUGGACACCUGUCUGGAGUGCAAGAAUAACACAAAGGGUCAACACUGUGAGAAGUGUAAGCCCUUGUUUGUGGGUUCAGCAGUGGGAGGUGGGAUGUGUCGGCCCUGUCAUGACUUCUGCAGAGGAAACAGCGAUGUGUGUCUGUCCAAAGAGGAGCAUCGGAGGGUAAUGGAAAACCUAAAAGACUAUCCACUGGAUCGUGACAGUAUUGAACAAUGGGCAACAGAGGGCCCCUCUGAGGACAAUGCUGUGUGUGUGAGCUGUCAGAACAACAGUGUGGGGGAUAAGUGUGAGAGCUGCCUCAGUGGCUACUUCCUGCUGCUAGGGAAGUGUGAGAAAUGUCAGUGUAAUGGUCAUGCAGACACCUGUAAUGAACAUGAUGGCACAGGCUGUCCAUGCCAGAACAACACUGAAACAUCACCCUGUCUGAGCAGCCAACAGAAUGACCGCAAAGAGUGUUUUAAGCAACAGUGUGCCAAGUGCAAAGAUUCAUUCAACGGUAAUCCAGUGAAUGGGCGACAGUGCUACCGGCAGUUCAAUGUGGACAGUGAAUGCUGCUUCGACCCCACAUCACAGGUCAACUGCUUCCAUGAGCCCAACAUCCGCAAUCUGCUCAGGGGUCGCACAGUGUUCUUUUCAGCACAGCCAAAGUUCACUAAUGUGGAUAUCCGGGUCACCAUUGAUGUCACAUUUGGGGAGGUUGAGGUCUAUGUGUCUAACUCGCAUGACACCUUCAUUGUGGAGGUAGACCACCACACUGGUGUGCAUGCUAUUAAGAUUGAGGAUGAAAAGGAGGUUCCUCACGCUCCACCGUCACCCAUGAAGGUGUUUGCAAACUCCUCAUCAGCCUUACUUGGCACGCUACAAUCCACAAAGCCACAUGGCACAGAACGCGAAGUGCGAGAAGAACGAACUGAAGGUCUCAUAACCUACAUCACUGUGUGGAAGCCUCAGGCGGUACUGAUUGUACGUGGUGUAAGGGACCGCGUUGUUAUCACCUUCCCACAUGAAGUGCACUCGCUCAAGUCCAGCCGUUUCUUUAUUGCGCUGCGUGGGGUGGGCACAGAGACUCACAAUGGAGAGUCUCAAGGCCUCCUCUUUCUGCGACAGGACCAGGCCCACAUUGACCUCUUUGUCUUUUUCUCUGUCUUCUUCUCUUGCUUCUUCCUCUUCCUGUCCGUUUGCGUGCUACUCUGGAAAGUCAAGCAGUUCUUAGACUUUCGUCGUGAGCAGCGCCGCCACAUUCAAGAGAUGACCAAGAUGGCCUCUCGCCCAUUUGCCAAACUCACUGUCUACCUGGAGCCAGAGGAGCCACAGCUGGUUUACUUGCCCUCAGCUGGAGGGGGUAGUGCCGUGUCCCUGGCCCAUGUCAGGACAGGCAAGCUGGGGGGCAUGGUGAUGGGUCAGAGAGGACGACCUGGUGCUCUACCAUACAAGCAUGACCCUGGCACAGGCACUGCCCCUCACCACCACCACCAUCUUGCUCUGAGUGGAGGCAACAGUGGCCAGCACCUUCCCCUGCACUACUAUGCACCCAGCUCUACGGCUAACCCAACUUCACAUCACCACUACCAUCAUCCGUCCUCACAUGGCAGCUACCAGCAUUUCUGCCGCUCUGACCCCUUCCUUUCCCAGCUCAUGGGCUUUUCAUACUCCUCCUUUAAAGUUGGCCCAAUCACUUUGGAGCCCACAGAUGAUGGGAUGGCUGGGGUGGCCACGGUGCUCAUCCAGCUGCCAGGGGGAAUCCUCGCACCCAACCGGGCCUGCUUGGGUUCAGCGCUUGUCACCCUGCGGCAGAACUUGCAGGAGUACUGUGGACAUGGUGGAGCUGGCACACAUCCUGGUGCUGGAAGUAGCCGAAAAGGCUUGCUGGGCCACCAGCACCUAACUACGAUGGCCAUGUGAAAAGAAGGUGGAGUUUAAAUGAAAGUGUAUUCGAGAUGGAAGUAUGGGAACUAUCAUCUCGCUGUUUUUAAGAGUAUGAAAAGGCAAGAAGAGUCUAGUGAGUUUGCAUGAGCAAGACAAGGUUAGGUUAGGUUAAUCAAACAGGGAUAGGAUUUCAGGAAAAGAUUUCUUACAAAGAAAGUUGCAGAGAUCUUAGUGGGGGAUACAAAAGGGAUGCAUUUAUUAUAGGAGAGAAAAAGAUUAUUAAUAGAAAAUGUACAUAUAAUGUAAUUAACUAUCAGGUGUCUUUUUACUUGUUUAUCAUUUUUCAUAAGCUUCAUAUAGACUGAAGGUGGCAACCUUUAUGCAGUGCACUACACAUAUCUCCAUGCUUUGUUGCUGCAUUCUACCUAUGUCCUAAAUACACUACUGAAAUCAACAAGUCGGCUGGCUGAGGAGAUGACUACAGCGUGAAAUAUAAACCAGUGAAAAUGUUGUCUAAUAGCUACUGAACCAAAAUGUGCUUUAUAUCCUCAUGUGACAAUCUGAACUGCCAUCAAAACCAAGAGAUGGUGUAACAUGUCUGCUUGAAUGGGCAAAACUUUGUAUGUAAUUAAAGGAGGAAAGUUGUAAUAAAAUGUUUUUUGCAGAGCAUUUGUAACUUGUUCAUCAACUGAUAUAUUGUCAUUACUGUGAUGAUUGGUAAUACUUCUUGUAAUAUAGAAGAACUGAAUUUAGUUAAUAGGUGUACUUCAUUGUUAGCCAUUGGCUUAUUUUUUUAUAUAUUAAUUCACCGACUAAAGAUACAUUUCAGACUUUGUUUAUUGACUAAUUGCAACAAGUCUUUAGUGUUUGCAUUUAAUUAAAUGCCUUUACUCACUUUGCCUUGACCAGACAUUACUAUCUAACUACUGAAUCCUCACACAUUUGUUGAAUUUAAUUUAGGACUACAUUUGUAUUGAGUUUAGGCCAUUCAUGUUUAGUGCUGUAAAUUUGUGUAUAUAAAUGAAGGAAUAAGCUGAUGAACAAGGGCCAAUAUUUAACUGCAGAUAACGAAUGAAUAUUUGUGUUUUCACAUUGCAUAGUAAAUGAAGGAUUCUACUGAAGGUAUAUUCUCUACCUACAUUACAUUAGUUCCUCCAACGGUUGAAUUCAUCAUCUUUUUUGUAGGACAAUGAGCGAACCUACAACAUGUAUAAACUAUAUAUCAGUUGUUUGAAACAAUAUUUUAUCCCUGAUGAUCAAUGAAAUGUAUUACACAGUGUAGGUUGCUGAAGCAUUCUUGUUUUUAUUUUGAUGAUGUGUCAUGUUAAGCCAGAUGUAUUAGAUCUGUUGAACAAAUAGUGCAAUGGAAAUUUUAACAUUAUAAAAUAGUAUGCUCCUGAUGAGACACUAUAAUGUGAUGAAAUACACAGAAAAACUACCAUAAGCCUUCUGUCUGUAUUAUUUUAUGGAGUUUGUUACAGUAUUGCCAUUUAUAUGAACUUUCCAUUAUUUUGUCUUUUUGAUUGUCCGUUGUUUUCUGAGGUUAAUUUUCUGACUGGUAUUUAUGUUGGCAGAAAGUGACAUUUCUUUAUUUAAGAAUUAAAGAGUCUUGGUGAAUAAGAUAUUAUUAAAUGUGUUCAUUCAUUUGACAUUACAAUUAUUUGAUGUAAAUAAUAGUUGUUAAACCUUACAGGAGAAGCCAUAUAUUUAUCUUGGGGUUCCACUCUAGAGAUGAAGUAAUUUUAACCUGAGAAAUUGGUUGAUUUGUUGCGUAAAACCAGAACAUGUGAUUGUGAAAUAAAUUAAUAAUAUUUGGGUGUUUGAAUAUGGUAAAUGAUGGAUUGUGUUCUGUUCAGACAUUUGGAAAGGAAUUUAGUAUUUCAGUUUUGAGUACUGUGGUUGAUGCUCAUGUAUCCAAUGCUUAACAGCAGUUUGUUCAAAAUAAAAUAUCAUCCAUUAAUUGU